CAGAUGACUAUAUAUACUGAAACCUACAUGUACAAAAACAGCACAACCAACAUUCCUCAAUUUGUCCUCCAAGGAUUCACAGGGAUUCCUGCUGAAUAUUAUGGAUUGUUUGGAACCUUUUUUUUAUUAAUUUAUCUGAUGCUUGCAUCUGGCAAUGUUUUCAUCUUUGUAUUUGUGGCAUGUGAAAAAAGUCUUCAGAAGCCAACAUAUAUCAUCUUCUGCAAUCUUGCAAUAUCAGAUCUUGGGUUUGGAACUACAACUUUGCCCAAAAUUAUUGCUAGGUACUGGAUAUCAGAGAUCAUUUCAUUCAAUGGUUGUUUUACACAAAUGUACUUUGUCCAUUAUUUUGGGACUUGCACUUCAUUUCUUAUGGCAUUAAUGGCCCUUGAUCGAUUUGUUGCUAUAUGUAACCCACUGAGAUACCCAGUAAUGAUUACACAUUGGACUAUUGUAAUACUCUGUUCAGUAGUUUGGAUAGGGAGCCUUCUCCUUCUUGGUGCAAUUAUUGCACAUGCCCUCAGUGUGCCUUACUGUGGCCCAAAUAUAAUACAUCACUGCUACUGUGAAUAUAUCUCGAUAACUUACCUAGCAUGUGCAGACAUAGCAGCAUUGAAAGCCAUUAGUACUUCUAUUGCUAUGACAGUACUGUGGGGUCCUUUUUUUUAUAUUAUAUUUUCUUAUGUGGCCAUUAUUAUUUCAGUCAUGAAAAUCUCUAAUAAAGAGGGACGAUACAAAACCUUUUUAACAUGUACUCCACAGCUGUUUAUUAUCUGCCUAUACUAUCUCCCCAGAAGUUUUGUGUAUGUAGCUUUUGCAAUUGGAUUUCGUUUUGAAACAAACAUCAAUAUUGCAGUGAUAAUGAUGUACAGUCUUCUUCCUCCCCUUAUUAAUCCAUUUAUAUACUGCUUUAGAACAAAAGAAAUUAAGGAAACAUUACUAAAGAAAUUAAAGCUAAGACAGGUGACGGUAAAAUGA